GGAGGAAUGUGGUUUUCAUGAAGGAGGAAUGUAAUGACGCUGCUCUUUGUUACAGUUUUGCAGUUUUAUGUUUUGCUUGUGUGGUGAAGUCACUCUGUAGCAGAUCCAGAUUUUACUAUUUUUAUUUCUUUUUGCUUUUUACGUGAGUGAGAUUGAUGCUCGAUUAAAUUUUUAAAAGUUUUAAAGCUGAAUCAGGUCAUCUUGCUCCACUUUCUGCUCCGUUUGCGUCUGAAGGUAAGGCGGCUCAGUCAAAAAUGACUUUUUGGAAAGUUGGUCUCCUCCUGAUGCUGACUGUGGCUCUGAGUCCUGCAGUGGCAGCAACAUUUGUAGUGAAUGUGACACAGAGCUCCUAUCAGGCAGAGGAGAACCACAACAUCACUCUGGAGUGGACCUUCACAACCAAACCUGACACCUCGUGGAGGUCCCUGUUUAUCCUCUGUUACCUGAUAACUGAUUACAGAUUCUUAACCCUGUAUCAUGUCCAUAAUGGAUUUGAGGUACCAAUGUCUCAGGAUAGACAGUUUGCAAGACGAGUCUGGAGUGACAAAUGCGUCCUCAGAGAAGGACGAAUCAGACUUCGUGUGUACAGACUCAGAACUUAUGAUUCUGGUCUGUAUGUGUGUGAUGUGAAGACAGAUUACGGCUUCGGCUCUAAAAUAUCUCAACUGAACGUUACCGCAGCAGCUUUUCAAGAAAAAGUUAAAGUAAAUUUUCUAAGUGAACCAGCAGCUUUUGGUCGGGGUCAACUUUGGACACCAGCUCAGAUUCCAAGACCAUCCACUCGAGGAAGGACCGGCCUCCAUGUAGAACUGGGGCUCAUGUUAGCAGUAGUAGCUGCAGCUGCAGCAGCUCUGAUGUUGAAACUCGUCAUUAAUUUUACUAAAUCACCUGAGAAGACAACAAACUUCAGAUCCGAUGAUUACUUAACCAAAACUGGAGAAAAGAUUUGAGUAUUCAAACAAGACAAAACCAUUUUAUUGAUAAAGGUAUAAAUGUGAGAUGGGUUCAGGUGAAGCAGGAAGUAAUGAUGUCAUUCUCUGAUGCAGGUCUGUAGUUUUUUUUUCCUCCCUCCGUUGUAGAUAUUUGAGUGUUUCAUCCCUUGUCCCAGUGGAGAUGUUAGAUACAGAUGCUAGAUGGUAAUUAUUACAGUUUGAAAGGUGAAUCAGGUCCUCGUGUGCCGUUAUACAAUUUGUUUGCGCGAGUUGUCAUGUGAUCAGAGAAGCUGGGCCUAAUACUUAACACGUUUAUUAACAUAGUCACAGUUUUACAGAAGCUUUCUGCUUUCACUUAGGGAACAGGUGGUAUAUAUUUCUUUCUUUUAAAGAGCAAGGAGAUCGUGAUUAGUAGGGGGUUCUGGUGGCUGCUGUUUCUUGACAACAUCUGAACCCUCAUUUUUCUCACAGCUUCAGUACAGAUUAUUAAGAGUGAUGAAAAGUUCGUUACUGUGUAAAUCACAGUCAAAACUGCUGGAAGUGAUGUUAAAAAUGAGGGUCCUGAAGCUCUGGUUGCAGUAAAAGAAUAAAUAGUCCAACAUAACUAAACCCUCAUCCUGUCAAAUGCUGAAACACCCUUUCUCCGUUUCUUCUGUCUUUACUUCCUGCAGGUGAGAGCAUGCCUGAGACUUCUCCUGGUCUUUUAAGUAUCUUGUUAAUUAAAAAAAAAAAGAAAAUUAAUUGAAUAAAGUUAUUAAUCCAUAAAUAAAGCAUAAAUGU